UUCUGUGGAAGUCAUAAAUAUCAAACCAGUCCUUGUGACCUUCAGCAGUGUUUAGGUUUUGCUUAUCAUUCACACUCCUGUACUUCACUUGGCUGGUCGUGAAUUUAGUAUAUUGGUUCUCUACUAAGAAGCGUUGUAAACAUGCAGGGGAAACGGCGAGGUAUUCUGGUUGUCGUUGUAAUGGUUGCUGUUGUAUUGGUGCUUGCAAUAGGGAUUAUUAUUGGGCAUUUUGCAGUUCCCAAAACCCAAAGCUAUCAGCAAGGGGCUGAAGAUGAAAGCAUAUCGGAAAAGUUGAUACAAGAAAUGAAGGCAGAAAAUAUUGAAAGUUAUCUCCGAGACCUGACUGCUCAUCCCCAUUUAGCAGGCACUGCUGCAGAUCUUAGCACAGCUCAGAAUUUGUCAGAAUUCUGGAAACAGCAGAGUUUCUCACGUGUGUCUAUAGUUCCAUACAGGGUGCUGCUGUCUUACCCGGAUAAGGAAAACCCUAAUCUGGUCUAUCUCUUGGACAGUAAUGGACAGACAUUGCACAGGACACAAAAAAUGGAAAAGAUACUACGACCUGAGCAGAACCAGUCAGAUGUUGUUCCGCCAUUCCAUGCUUACUCCAAGCCUGGAAGUGUUACCAGUGAAAAGUUGAUUUAUGUCAACUAUGGAAGAGUGGAAGAUUUUAUUUGGCUCAAAGAAAACAAGUCAAUGAACUUUAACAACACCAUUGUCAUUGCAAGAUAUGGGAAAAUAUUUAGAGGUGACAAAGUAUCAAAUGCAGAAAACUUUGGUGCUAAAGGUAUCCUCAUCUACUCGGACCCUGCAGACUAUGCCAUUGACGGAGAGACCUCAGUCUACCCAGAUUCUUGGUGGCUUCCAGGGACAGGUGUUCAGAGAGGCACUGUAUACAAUGGAGAGGGAGAUCCCAGCACAGUCGGGUAUCCAUCUUUGGAAAGUUCAUACCGAGACAUAUCUGACAGAUCUGAAUGGCCACUGCCAACCAUAUCAUCUCACCCUAUUGGAUAUAAUGAUGCCAUUCAGUUUCUUGGGAACAUGACUGGAGAUGUUGCUCCACCAGAGUGGCAAGGGAAACUAUCAAUUACAUAUAGACUUGGACCUGGGUUCAACAAUACUAGCUGGAAGGUUCAAAUGAACAUUUCCACACAUGAUGAGUACAGAACCACCUAUAAUGUAUUUGGGUUUAUUGAAGGCAGUGUUGAACCAGACAGGUAUGUUUUGAUUGGUAACCAUAGGGAUGCAUGGGUGUUUGGAGCAGCUGAUCCAUCUAGUGGAACAGCAGCCAUGAUGGAGAUGUCAAGAGCUUUUGGUCAGAUGGUCAAACAAGGAUGGCGACCCAGACGUACACUGAUAUUUUGUAGUUGGGGAGCAGAGGAGUAUGGUUUGAUUGGAUCCUGGGAGUGGGUGGAGAACUUUGUGAAGAACCUCAAUCAACGAGCAGUGGCAUAUUUGAAUGUUGACAUUGCAGUACAAGGAAAUUACUCAAUGCGAGCUUCUUCUACACCCUCUUUACACAAGAUUAUAUAUGAAUCCAGUAAAAAGAUACCAAACCCCAACCCAGAAGAAGUGAAAUCAGACAGGCCCUCUCUUUAUGAUACCUGGGUCAAUUCUUUCCCCAGGAAAGGAUCACAGCCAAAAUUGCCAUUCAUUAACGCUGUUGGUGCUGGGAGUGAUUUCACAGGUUUUCUGCAGUUAGUAGGUGUCUCUUCCAUGGACACUAGGUACACCUAUAACACUGUAAGUUUAUUGCUUUGAAAAUGUAAUGAUGAUG